AUGGCGGACGCUAUUUCCAUCGAGCAGAACAACAAAAUCCGCGCGGCUUUGGGCCUGAAGCCUUUGCCCGUUCCCGGUGCCGACGAGGGUCCGUCCUUCAAGGAAUCCAACGACGACUCUUCCGACGAGGAACCAGCGAGCACGAUAGAGACCCGCGAGGCUGCGGCUUCGGGUAACUGGCAAAAGCUGCAAGAUGAGGCUGAGGCAAAGAAGAAGCGAGAGGAGAGGAACGCGGCUAUUAAGAAAGCGCGCGAGAUAGCACAGCGGAAUGCGAAACUUGAAGGAUCGACACUAGGAGAGAGUGCGGAUGCGGGAAUGGACACUAAAACGUGGUUACUGCAAACGAAAAAGAAGCAGAAGAAGAUCGAGAGGGAACGGGCGCGCAAGCUGGCGGAGGAGUUGGAAGAGCGACAGCGCGUGGAGGAGUAUACGGCUUCUGAUCUUGCUGGUAUCAAGGUCGGACACGAGAUUGGGGAAUUUGGCGGAGGGGAGGAUCAUGUCCUUACGCUCAAAGACACGACUAUUGAUGAAAACGAAGAGGAGGGGGAUGAGCUGGAGAAUGUUGAUUUACGGGACAAAGAGAAGGCCGCGGAGAGACUGGAGAUGAAAAAGCGGAAACCCGUAUACGAUCCGACCGAGGAAAAUUCUGGGAUAUUGGCUCAAUACGACGAGGAAAUCGAUGGCAAGAAGAAGAAGCGGUUCACACUGGACGCCAAGGGAUCUACUGUGGAGGAACAAGAGGCGCGGCGACAAGAGGUUUCUAAUAAACUGAAACGGAACAUUAUCAGCCUCGACUUCGAAGCUGAGACUCCUACUUCGGAUUACAUGGAUGUGAGCGAAAUCAAAGUCAAAAAGCCCAAGAAGAAGAAGGCCAAAACCACCAAGAAGAGAUCCGCCCUUGACGAUGAUGAUAUCUUCCCAACGGCAGAAUCUUCGGAGACUCUGAAUGGUGCGUCGUCGAUGGAUGUUGACACUGUUAACGGCGCACCGGCGCCUGCGCCUCGCAAGAAUCUAGAUGAGAACGUUUCAUUUGUGGAUGACGAUGAUUUGCAAGCUUCUUUGACCCGCCAGAGACGAGCCGCACUUAAGAAGCGACAAAAAGCGCGACCCGAGGACAUCGCACGGCAGCUCAGAGAGGAAGAGUCUCAGACUCCGAUGGAUGUUGAAACCCCAGACGAAGAAGAGCCGGGCCUAGUCAUCGAUGAGACCUCGGAGUUUGUUUCCAAUCUACAGAAACCAGUUCUGCCAGAACCUCGUGAGCGCCGAACAACCACGCCGGAGAGUCCUCGCCCUCGAACCGAGGAACCGGAGGACGAGCAGCCUGUAAUUGAAGGCGGCGAUGUGGACAUGGAAAGAAGCUAUAAUGAUAUCGAGGAUGGGGAGGAUCUCCAAGAGCGUCUCAACCGUGAACAAUCACAGGCCGAAGCACCGAUCACGGGCACUGGAUUGGAAGAGGAAACCACGCUGUCACAAGGCCUGGGUGCUACGCUUGGGAUGCUCAAGAAGCGUGGUCUAGUGAAGGAAACAGACGCCGCAGAGUCGAACUCGCUUCUCCGCGAUCGCAAUCGUUUCAUCUCAGAGAAGAGCCGCAUGGAGACGGACGCGGAAAGACGUGCGCGCCAGCAACGUGAGCGCGAUCGAGCAUCAGGAAAGCUUGAUCGCAUGUCUGCGCGCGAACGAGAAGAACACGCGCGGUGGGAGAACAAGCAGCGAGACCAGCAAGAAGCUCGGCACAUGGCUGAAGUUUUCAACAAAGAGUACAAACCCGAUGUUCAGCUUAAGUAUAUUGACGAAUUUGGUCGCUCGAUGAACCAGAAAGAGGCGUUCAAGCAUUUGAGCCACCAGUUCCACGGCAAGGGCAGCGGCAAGAUGAAGACCGAGAAGCGAUUGAAGAAGAUUGAAGAAGAGAAGAAGAGCGAGGCCAUGAGCACACUUGACAGCAGUCAACACACUGGAAUGAACAACGCCGUGGGCGCGACUGCACGGAAGAACCGACAGGCUGGCGUUCGAUUGGGCUAG